CGCGCCCCGCACAGCCCCCGCAGCGCCGCACCCGCACGGACGCCGGGGCCCCGAGCCGGGAGCGGGGCCGCAGCCAACAGCGUCGGGGGUCAGGAUGGUUUCGAUCCCAGAAUACUACGAAGGGAAGUCUAUCCUCCUCACUGGAGCUACCGGCUUCUUGGGGAAGGUGCUUCUGGAGAAGUUAUUGAGAUCGUGUCCUCAGGUGAAGUCCGUGUACGUGUUGGUGAGGCAGAAAGCCGGGCAAACCCCUCAAGAGCGAGUGGAGGAAUUACUCAGCGGGAAGCUCUUUGACAGAUUGAAAGAUGAAAAUCCCGAAUUUAAAGAGAAAAUCAUAGCAGUCAACAGUGAACUCACACAACCCAAACUGGCCCUCAGCGAAGAAGAUCAAGAGACCAUCAUCGAUUCUGUUAAUAUUAUAUUCCACUGUGCUGCUACCGUCCGAUUCAAUGAAUCCCUUAGAGACGCCGUUCAGUUAAACGUGAUUGCAACCCGCCAGCUCAUCCUCCUCGCCCAGCAAAUAAAGAAUCUGGAAGUGUUCAUGCAUGUGUCCACGGCUUACGCGUACUGCAAUAGGAAGCAUAUUGACGAAGUCGUCUACCCUCCGCCGGUGGACCCCAAGAAACUCAUCGAUUCCCUAGAAUGGAUGGACGACGGCCUUGUUAACGAUAUCACUCCCAAACUGAUAGGCGACAGACCCAACACAUAUAUUUACACCAAAGCCUUGGCGGAGUACGUCGUUCAACAGGAAGGGGCUAAACUCAAUGUGGCCAUCGUAAGGCCAUCAAUCGUCGGAGCCAGUUGGAAGGAGCCUUUCCCGGGAUGGAUCGAUAACUUCAACGGACCCAGUGGCCUCUUCAUUGCUGCAGGGAAAGGAAUCCUUCGAACAAUGCGAGCUUCCAACAGUGCCCUCGCCGAUCUCGUUCCUGUGGAUGUCGUGGUGAACACCAGCCUAGCAGCAGCCUGGUAUUCUGGAGUUAAUAGGUAUACCAGACCAAGAAACAUCAUGGUGUAUAACUGUACGACGGGUAGCACCAAUCCUUUCCACUGGGGUGAAGUUGAAUACCAUGUAAUUUCCACUUUCAAGAGGAAUCCUCUCGAACAGGCUUUCAGGCGGCCCAAUGUAAAUCUAACCUCCAAUCACCUUUUAUAUCAUUAUUGGAUUGCUGUGAGCCAUAAGGCCCCAGCAUUCCUGUAUGAUGUCUACCUCAGGAUUACAGGAAGAAGUCCAAGGGUCCCCGGGCUAAUUGGACCUCCAGAUGAUCCUAAAGGAAAUGAUGCCAAUCAGUCCAUAGGGAUGAUGAAAACAAUAACUCGUCUUCAUAAGGCGAUGGUGUUCCUAGAGUACUUCACAAGCAACUCUUGGGUGUGGAAUACUGACAAUGUCAAUAUGUUAAUGAACCAACUGAACCCCGAAGAUAAAAAGACAUUUAAUAUUGAUGUGCGACAGUUGCACUGGGCAGAAUAUAUAGAAAACUACUGUAUGGGAACUAAGAAAUACGUGUUGAAUGAAGAAAUGUCUGGUCUCCCCGCAGCUAGAAAACACCUGAACAAGUUGCGGAACAUCCGUUACGGCUUCAAUACUAUCCUCGUGAUCCUGAUCUGGCGUAUUUUUAUUGCGAGAUCACAAAUGGCGCGAAACAUCUGGUACUUCGUGGUUAGUCUGUGUUAUAAGUUUCUGUCCUACUUCCGAGCAUCCAGCACUAUGAGAUACUGAAGAAGAGAAUUUAGCAUUAGGACAUCUAUGCAUUUAGUGGUCUAACUGCACAAAACCUGUAAACUGUACUUAGUCAUCUCAUGUUUUGUCAAGACAUUAAACCAUCUUAGAUCUGAGGUGUGAAGUAAAUUACAGUACAAUUUAUGUAACAUAGAAAUGUGUAUUCUCAUGAAAACCUAAAAGAUUUUAACAGGUGGAUUGCCUGAAUUAGCCAAGAAUCUGGUGAAAAUUCCAAAGCCACGGUUUAACAUUCGACCUGGGUUACAAAAACAAAAAAAGAAACGAAAAAAGAAAAGAAAGCAAGUAAGGACCACUGACCAGUUUAACUGUGCAAUCCUGGAACACGUUAACGAGAAUCCAUUUUAACAUAGUGAAUUUUUAAGUGUCGUUUUCCGUGCUGUGGGAACGCUCGAUUGGACACAAAUAUUGGUUUCAUUGGGUGUCCUAAUGUUUUGAUUCCUUCCUAAAUGGACAAAAGGGUUUUAGUCUGGUUAAAAUUCUGUCUGAACUGAUGGUGCCCUUUUUUUUUUCCUCCUAUAAGCUACCGUCGGUUCUCAAACACGAUUACCCUUUUUCUCAUUUUCUCCAUUUUCCUUUGUCCAGUGAAAGAUGUGUUGUAAAUCACUUCCUCGUUUCAAUUGUGCCUUUGUAAUUGAAAGGCUGCUUAAUCUAUUCCAAAUGCACUAUUGGACUUCAGUGGAUUUCAGAACCCAGGCCUCUUGUUGGGUUUUCCUCGUUUUUAAAAAAAGAACUAGUAAAAUGAACUUAACUGAGGAGUUUUAACAUUAGAAUAAAUAGGGACGCCAGCUGUUAAGCUUUCUCUUUUUCAAAAGAUCAUGCAAUUAGAACCAACCCUGAGGGGAGUGAUUUAUCUUUUGAAGCAUAUGAGGAUUUCUUGAGAAACGUCACUGGAACUGUCCCCACGUCUUUGGCAUCCCCCUUUAUAAAAAACAAACAUAAAACUCGAGUCCCAGAAUCUUUAAAGGCCACUGUUUCCAACAACAGCUGAAGUGUGCAUUUAACAAAAGAAGACCGUAUUUGCACACAGUAAUACCGUCUUCAAAACAAAAAAAAAAAUCCAGCAUGUAAGCACAUAACUAAUUAUAAAACUGACUCUCUUCAAGAAAAGUGACUAAUGCUUCAAAAAUGAUGUGUAUUAAAUCAAAUAAAGGUCUUUAUUAAUAUUCAUUAUUAGUAGCAAGCUGUUGACUGAAUUUGAAGAUCCUGCCUAAUUUCUUCUGCAUGUGACUUUAGCUUUAGGAAAAAAAUGCAAAGGUAAUACAUACUAGUGGAAAGGAAAAGGUGGUUAUAUUUUUAAUGACCCUUAUGAAUUCCCGUAAAUAUCCCUCCAAUUUUGCAUCGUAUGGUUUUAGCAUUCCAUCUUAUUUAACAGACGGUCCUCCGUAACCCUGAUGAAAGUGUUUUGAAUUAAAAUGAUCAAGUUGUAUGUACUGUACUUAAAUCAUCAGCAGCGUGUCUUUAAACAUAUCUACAGAGGAAAUUUGCCAUAGAAAAGAUGACGUGAAACUAGGUACACUUGGAUAUUUUCUUUGUCAGUUCAUAUACUCUGUGUAUAAAAAGCUUAUUUUGUUAUUGUUGUGAAAAGGAUCUAUAAUGGAAAACACCUUUCUGGAGGUGUAGAGCUCAUUUGGGGGGGGGGAAAAACCGCUUCUGAAUCGAAGCUAAACUUUCUGUAGUAAGGACUAUAACCAUGUUACACUCCUUUUAAGACACCCUGCGUAUAUUCUUGGAAAUGUUGCUCUAAAUUCUCUGGUCCAGGACCACAGCCUCAACUGGGUGUGCGAGACCAUUGGAUGCUGGCUAAAAAUGGAAUAAAUGAUUGAUGGCUCCUUUUGAUUUUUUUUUUUUGAAGCGCUCCACGCAGUUAAUGUUCCUACUCUGAGGCUAUAAACAGCCUCCCCAAAUACCCUCCUGAAUUGGAUUGGGAAUAAACUAACUGUGGCUGAAAUGUAGACUGCAGAACGUGCCUAGAACCAGGUGGCCUAUCGUGUUUCCAACUUGCGUGAGAAUUUGCAGGGAGAUUCUACUGUUGUAUGGUACUCUCCCAAGCGCUCAGUGCAGUGCUCUGCACACAGUAAGCACUCAGUAAAUUUGAUUGAUCGGCAGGACUGUGAAAUGUAUCGAAGAGUGUACGCGCACCGUGUGUGUAUGUUGGUGUUGAGUGACUACAUUAUUCUCCACGUAGCCGCAAUUUUUUAAAAAAACUUUUUUUUCCAAAAACUCCCCAAUUCCUUUAUUGUGCAGCCAGGAGGAUAUACUGAAGUCACCAAACUCAUUUCUCUCAUUCAGAAUGCCGCUCCGUAGAGAAAGCUAUCGAGUAAAUUAGUCAUGCGCACGUACAUCAUUGUGAAACCUAAAGACCGUUACUCUUUCAACCUCGUAAACUUUUGACACCUUCAGAUCUGACCUGAACCUUCAUAAAGGUUUUGGAAACUCCAGCCCUCUGUACUGUGAUGCUGGUUGGAGGUGGACUUGGGUUUUCACGUUAAUUUCUCCCCGAACCUGAGCGCCUGGGAUUCCUACCGCGGCCGGUUAGGGCAAAGCGCCCCAUUCGAGAAAUCGUCUGUUUCAUGUGAGCGGGUCGACCCCGUCAUUCGGUUUCAAGCCAGGGUUCCUGUGAUAGCGGUGAUUGCAGGUGUUCUUGUUUGGAACGUUCUCAGUGUCACUGUAACCUGCCAGAUUAGUUGGGACCCAGCGACGCUGCUCAGUCCUAUAACUCCUAAAAGAAAGCACACACCUUAUCUGCUGAGUAGGAAUGCUAUUUUGGAAUAAACAGCCAUUGAACAUGUAUGCUAAAGCUCGGGACCAGGGAAAUGUGCAUUCAUCAUUCUGUGUCCUUACACCUUUCCCCUUGCGCUCCCCUGUUUCAGGAACCAUUCUUCUCAAAGCAAAAUGGAACUCGUCAUUUUUUCUAAGAUUUAAAUAGAAGCGUUUAUUGGGUGCCUUUGUUUGUAAACCAAAAAUAAUAAAUGAAUCCCUAGAA